AUGAAUAUAUCCCGCUACCAACUCGUUGAUUCGCUGUACGGUCCUGGCACAGUCGGGGCCUGGCUGCUAACUCUUUGCGCCAUACUGAUCAGCUGGACGCUAAACACCUCAUCCCGGUGCAAAGACUCCAUCUCCCUCGACUUUAUCGCAGGGUUGCUUCUUCCACUGAUCGCGACCGAUCAUGUCAUUUUCCAGAUCAUCAGACUCCCCGUCCCGGUCGCAGAGGCGAUCACUGCCCAGAAUGUCGAGGUGCAGAGAUAUGCAUCUGCACUUGAAGCACCGCUGAACAUCUGCGAGACUUUUUCGAUGGCUGCGCUCAUUCUAGCUGUCUGCUGUGGUCCCUGGUGGGGAAUUGAUCCACAUUGGAAGCGGCUGGGCUUGGUUCUUGUGGUAGGGCUGCUCAGCUGGAGCACGGAGAAUGUGAUGUUUGUGAUGGCGACUAUUCGGGGUGUUCGGGUCGAGAACACGACUCUCAGUCGACCGUAUUUGUUCCUGCUGUCUCCGCUUGUGGCGAGCACUUGGGUUUUCUUGGGUUUUUGCUUUGUGGUUGGGCUUGUUGUUUGGUUGACCACUCAGGACCCCGGAAUGGGUUUGGGCAUUCGGAACGUGGGCCUUGGGUACAGCGAGUUGCACUAG